CGCAAUUGGCAGCUUGUACAGAAGCCAGUGGACCUCUAUGUGCUGUGCUUGUUCGUCUGUGAUCUUAUACAAGCGGUCGGGGGCAUGAUCAACGCCAAAUGGGUUACCGAAGGCAAAGUCUACACCGGAGGGUUCUGUACAUUUCAAGGCGCCAUUCAGCAAAUUGGUGAAACGGGCGUUGCGUUGUUCACACUCGUCAUCACACUGCAGACCUUCUGGGGCGUGUGGUGGAGCAAGGGCUCGCACGAUGCGCUUGUUUCCUACCUGGUCACUGGGUCAAUAUUCCUGUUCAUCGUCCUCUUCGUCGGGAUCAGCGUUGGCAUCCACACGCAUCCCUCUUCGAAGUACUACGACUUACCCACACCCUACUGGUGCUGGAUAGGCGGCGCGUACGGGAAGGAACGUAUCGCCGGGGAAUACUUCUGGAUGUGGCUUACAAUGAGCGCCUCAAUCAGCCUAUACGUCCCGCUGUACUUCUUAUACCGACGCAACAUCACCGUCGACGAGAAGGUAUGGUGGAAGUUCGAUGUCCACCGGCGCAAGCGGGACGGGGACGACACCGCUCCCGAUGCCCACCCGCUCGUCAUGUUAGCAUAUCCUGCAGUAUAUUGCUUGACGGUGCUCCCGACGUGUAUCGCCCGCUGGGUCCAGUUCUAUCGCGAGAAUCACGACUCGACCGUCGCCACGCCCUCCGCCGCGACCUUCUUCACCGAGUUCCUCUACCGCUCCAGCGGGCUCGUCAACAUCAUCCUCUACCUCUCCACGCGCGGCGAG